CCUCCAUCUGCCCGCUGCAACAGGGGCGGGUCUGAAAUAGGUACGUUCUCAUUCUCCCUCAGCGAGAUCAUCAGUAAUGACUGCUAUGCUCUAGAUGCACAUUGUACUAGCCGGAACCGACUAGUGCAACACUCGUGAGGAUGCCAAGCAUCAUGCCUAAUCAAUCCCGUAAACGCCCUCGCGCGGACUCUGACACACAGUCCGUUGCGGGGGAGCCCGUAAAGGAAUCCAAGGAGGGCUUCACGAAGGACGACGCGUUCUGGUAUCCCGACGGGAGCAUUGUGCUGCUCGCGGGGAAUAUCGGCUUCAAGGUUUACCAGGGUCUCCUGGCGGAGCAGUCAGAGGUGUUCGCCGACCUCUUCACGAUCCCACAACCGCCUGAGGUGCCGUCCAUCGAGGAGUGCCCCACGGUACACUUGUCUGACACGGCGCAGGAGCUGAGAGCCUUGCUGUCGGUCAUGAUCCACGGACGAAAGUACACUCACAACGACGGCGCCCACCUCGAAGACAUCGUGGCGUGGGCUCGUAUGAGCCACAAGUACCAUAUUCAAGAUCUGCUCGAUGACGCACUGAAGCGACUCCGGCGCUUCUUUCCCCCGAGAUUCGUCGAGAUGAACUCCUCCGACCAUCCGGUGCAGCCGCUGCACGCCAUUGCGGUAGUCAAUCUCGCCCGGUUGACGGAGAAGAAAUACUUCAUUCCCUCAGCACUGUACUACUGCUGCAUGCUCAACGCUCACACCCUUUUGCACGGCUCCUCCCGCUCGGAUGGUACCGUCGACCGUCUGAGCGAUGACGAUCUCGAGCGAUGCAUUCAUGGGAAGGCGGUGCUUGCAGGACAGCUAGCUCUGAGCCGCUCAAGUAUACUGUGCCCACUGGCUAGCGAGGCGUGCGCGACGCCGGACAAAUGCGCGUUUGCGAUCAUCCUUCUCCACGUCAAACUCGCGGGUGGGAGCCGGGGCGCCGGUGCGACCGAUGCGCUCGAGUCGUGGCGGAAGGAUAUCGAUCGAGGAUUGGGAGUGGUUCGCGAGCAGUCGUACGUAUGUACUACGUGCGUCAUGAUGUUGUACAAGAGAGAGAUUUUGGAGCGUAAAAAGGUGUGGUUGAAGUUGCCGUCUAUUUUCAAUUUUACCAUGAGGAACUGGGAGAGAAGUGCUGCUUGAGAUGCAGAAUACGCGAUGUAACUUUAUCCAUAUCUUGAUCUAUAUCCCGCGUCCCGUUCGAUGAGUAUUGUAGAUAUAAUAACACCAUAACAACAUCUUACGUACUAGUAGUUAGUAUCGUACAAUUUAUCAAUUGGCUAUGUUGACUCCGCUA